GUGAACCAGCGCAAUGUCCCGGGCAUCGACAGCGCCUACCUGGCCAUGGACACCGAGGAGGGCGUGGAGGUUGUGUGGAAUGAAGUGCAGUUCUCUGAGAGGAAGAACUUCAAGCUUCAGGAAGAAAAAGUUAAAGCAGUGUUUGACAACUUGAUUCAGCUGGAUCAUCUCAACAUUGUGAAGUUCCACAAAUACUGGGCUGAUGUCAAAGAGAACAAGGCCAGGGUGAUCUUCAUCACUGAGUACAUGUCUUCAGGGAGCUUGAAACAGUUCCUGAAGAAGACAAAGAAAAACCACAAAACCAUGAAUGAAAAGGCAUGGAAGCGGUGGUGUACCCAGAUCCUCUCUGCUCUCAGCUACCUCCACUCCUGUGAUCCUCCCAUCAUCCAUGGCAACCUGACCUGUGACACCAUCUUCAUCCAGCACAACGGGCUGAUCAAAAUCGGGUCAGUCUUUCAUAGGAUAUUUGCUAAUGUGGCGCCAGACACCAUUAACAACCACGUGAAGACCUGUCGUGAGGAGCAGAAGAACCUGCACUUCUUUGCCCCAGAGUAUGGAGAAGUUGCCAAUGUCACCACUGCUGUGGACAUCUACUCCUUUGGGAUGUGUGCACUGGAGAUGGCAGUGCUGGAGAUCCAGGGGAACGGGGAGUCCUCCUACGUGCCGCAGGAAGCCAUCAACAGUGCCAUCCAGCUGCUGGAGGAUCCCCUGCAGCGGGAGUUCAUCCAGAAGUGUUUGGAGCAGGACCCGGGCCGGCGCCCCACGGCGCGGGAGCUGCUCUUCCACCCGGCGCUGUUCGAGGUGCCCUCGCUGAAGCUGCUGGCUGCUCACUGCAUCGUCGGGCACCAGCAUAUGAUUCCUGAAAAUGCUUUAGAAGAAAUGACCAAAAACCUUGACAUGAACGCAGUGUUGGCAGAGAUCAACCACGAGGACAGGGAAGGAGUCAAGAUGAUCUUCUCACAAUCUCCAGCGCUGGAGCUGGACAAGUUCCUGGAGGAUGUGAGGAAUGGCAUCUAUCCCCUCACGGCCUUUGGGAUGCCCCGGCCCCAGCAGCCCCAGCAGGUGGUGGUGAAAUCUCCCAUUGCUCCCCCGUCGGUGAAAACCCCAACUCCAGAGCCCGCCGAGGUGGAGACCCGCAAGGUGGUGCUGAUGCAGUGCAACAUCGAGUCCGUGGAGGAGGGCGUGAAGCACCACCUGACACUGCUGCUGAAACUGGAAGACAAGUUGAAUCGACACUUGAGCUGUGACCUUCAGCCCAAUGACAACAUCCAGGAGCUGGCAGCUGAACUGGUCCAGCUUGGGUUCAUCAGCGAGGCUGACCAGAGCAGACUCACCUGUUUACUUGAAGAGGCGUUUAGCAAGUUCUACUACACUCGGAACGGAGCCCUGACGGCCGUGACUGUGUCAUCUUAGCCCCGAGGCUCCGGGCAGCCAGCGUGGCCUCGCUGCCUGCGACCGUGCGUGUCUGCCCUCGCUGUCGGCGCCGCAAGGCCCCAGCUGCAGUGCUUGGAAGCUCAUCCUGCAUGUGCCGUGGCUGGGCUCAUGACAGUCCUCCCUGCCCGCCUCCUCAAGGGGACUUUGCGCAUCAGUAUUAUUUCCAGCCCUGUUUUUGUUGGGAUUUGCCAGGUUGUGCUGCGGAGCUGAGGCCUGGCUUGGGGCAUUCUGCAGCCCCACUCAUGUGCAUGGAGUUUGUUCUGUUUGAAUUGUACAAAGUGUCUUUUGCACAGCACAGAAAUGGGUUUUUUCUUUC